UUACUUUUUUCACUUACUAAGUGAAUGAUGUUUUAAGAAAAACUAAAAUAAUUUAAAAAAUAAUAAAUAAGAAAAUUAAGAAAAAUAAUUGAAAUGGAUACUUGGUUGAUAACAAUAACCCUACUUUUGGGUGCUUUGGGUUUAUUUUAUAUAUUUCUAAUGUGGAAUUAUGGCAAAUGGCAUAAACGUGGUGUUCCCGAGGCCAAAACCUAUCCAGUCGGUGGUUCAUUUCCCUCAGCUAUAACACAAAAACGUCAUAUAAUCUAUGAUAUUGAUGAAAUUUAUACAGAAUAUAAAAAUUCCAAUAGAUUUGUGGGAGUUUAUCAGUGUCGUUCACCACAAUUAUUGAUUGUGGAUCCUGAAUUGGUUCAUAAAAUUUAUGUUAAUGAUUUUAAAUCGUUUCAUGAUAAUGAAUUUUCAGAUUUUGUUGAUGAUAAAUCUGACUUAAUUUUGGCCAAUAAUCCAUUUUCCUUAAAAGGCGAUAAAUGGAAGGAACGUAGAUUAGAAGUUGUACCCGGUAUGACUCCAAAUCGUAUUAAAAAUGCUUAUCCAGUAACAUUAGAUGUCUGUAAACGUCUAACUCAAUAUAUAAAAGAAAAAUCGGCAAAGGCCGGCAAAAAUGGUUUAGAUACCCAUGAGCUAUGUUUACGCUAUACUUCCGAAGUUGUAACCGAUUGUGUUUUGGGCAUAAAAGCAGAAAGUUUAACCGAUAAACCUACACCCAUUUUAGACAUGAUCAAAGGUCUAUUUGGACAAAAUUCCAUGUUUCUUAUUUAUCAAAUACUUGUUGGUUUUUUGCCCAGUUUAAAACAUUUCUAUAAAGCGAAAGUAUUUCCCGAUAAAUCGAGGGAGUUCUUCUUUCAUUUAAUGCAGCAAUCCAUAGAUAUGAGACGUCAACAGGGUAGUGUAGGAGAACGUGGGGAUUUCUUAAAUUAUCUAUUACAAUUACAAGAUAAGAAAGGUUUAAAUACUAACGAAAUGGCUUCGCAUAUAAUGACAUUUAUAACGGAUGGUUUUAUAACAACAGCAUCUGUAGUUGCCCAUUGUUUGUUAGAGCUAGCCAGAAAUCAACAAACCCAAGGAAAAUUGCGUCAAGAAAUAUUGGAAAAUCUCGAUAGUGAAGGGAUUUUAACAUUUGAAAAACUAUCGGAAUUGCCCUACUUGGAUGCCUGUUUCCAUGAAUCUUUACGUAUCUUUCCUCCGUUGGCGUUUACCACCAAACUUUGCACUGAACCCAUUGAGUUGGUCAACAAAAACGGCCAAAUUCUUAAAAUGAAAAAUAAUGAUGUAGUUAUGAUUUCACACUAUAGUUUAUAUCACGAUUCAAAUAAUUUCGAAGAUCCUGAAAAGUUUAAACCCGAAAGAUUUUUACCUGAGAAUGGCGGUACUAAAAAAUAUCGUGAUGAGGGUAAAUUUAUAGGUUUCGGUGAUGGUCCACGCAUUUGUUUGGGUAUGCGUUUUGCUUUGACCCAGGGCAAAGCGGCCAUUGUUGAGCUGGUGCGUAAUUUUAAUAUUAAACCUAAUCCCAAGACUCGCAGUGAUAAUUUAUUGGAUAAAACUGAAUUUAUUUCACGUAUCGAGGGUGGUGUUUGGUUGGAUUUUGAACCGAGAAUUUAUCUACUACUAAUAAAAAUAAUUAAAAUGGAUACCUGGCUGAUAACCAUAACCCUAUUUUUGGGUGCUUUGAGUUUAUUUUAUAUAUUUCUAAUGUGGAAUUAUGGCAAAUGGCGUAAACGUGGUGUAGCCGAGGCUAAAACCUAUCCAGUGGCUGGUUCAUUUCCCUCAGCUAUAACACAAAAACGUCAUAUCAUCUACGAUAUUGAUGACAUUUAUAGAGAAUAUAAAAAUUCCGACAGAUUUGUGGGAGUUUAUCAGAGUCGUUCACCUCAAUUAUUGAUACUGGAUCCUGAAUUGGUUCAUAAAAUCCAUGUUAAUGAUUUUAAAUCGUUUCAUGAUAAUGAAUUUUCAGAUUUUAUUGAUGAAAAAUCGGACUUAAUCUUGGCCAAUAAUCCAUUUGCUUUGAAAGGUGAUAAAUGGAAGGAACGCAGAUUAGAAAUUGUACCCGGUAUGACUCCAAAUCGUAUUAAAAAUGCUUAUCCAGUAACAUUAGAUGUCUGUAAACGUCUAACUCAAUAUAUAAAAGAAAAAUCGGCAAAGGCCGGCAAAAAUGGUUUAGAUACCCAUGAGCUAUGUUUACGCUAUACUUCCGAAGUUGUAACCGAUUGUGUUUUGGGCAUAAAAGCAGAAAGUUUAACCGAUAAACCUACACACAUUUUAGACAUGAUCAAAGGUUUAUUUGGUCAAAAUUCCAUGUUUCUUAUUUAUCAAAUACUUGUUGGUUUAUUGCCCAGUUUGAAAUAUUUCUAUAAAGUGAAAAUAUUCCCCGAUAAAUCGAGAAAGUUCUUCUUUCAUUUAAUGCAGCAAUCCAUAGAUAUGAGACGUCAGCAGGGGAGUGUAGAAGAACGUGGGGAUUUCUUAAAUUAUCUGUUGCAAUUACAAGAUAAGAAAGGUUUAAACACUAACGAAAUGGCUUCGCAUAUAAUGACAUUUUUAACAGAUGGUUUUAUAACAACAGCAUCUGUAGUUGCCCAUUGUUUGUUAGAGCUAGCCAGAAAUCAACAAGCCCAAGAAAAAUUGCGUCAAGAAAUAUUGGAAAAUCUCGAUAGUGAAGGGAUUUUAACAUUUGAAAAACUAUCGGAAUUGCCCUAUUUGGAUGCCUGUUUCCAUGAAUCUUUACGUAUCUUUUCUCCCCUGCCGUUUAUCACCAAACUUUGCACUGAACCCAUUGAAUUGGUUAAUAAAAAUGGUCAGAUUCUUAAAAUGAAAAAGAAUGAUGUAGUUAUGAUUUCUCACUAUAGUCUAUAUCACGAUCCAAAUAAUUUCGAAGAUCCAGAAACCUUUAAACCCGAAAGAUUUUUACCUGAGAAUGGUGGUGUUAAGAAAUAUCGUGAUGAGGGUAAAUUUAUAGGUUUCGGUGAUGGUCCACGCAUUUGUUUGGGCAUGCGUUUUGCUUUGACCCAGGGUAAAGCGGCUAUUGUUGAGCUGGUUCGCAAUUUCAAUAUUAAACUUAAUCCCAAAACCCGCAGUGAUAACUUAUUGGAUAAAAAUGAAUUUAUUACACGUAUCGAGGGUGGCGUUUGGUUGGAAUAUGAGCCUAGAAGUUAGACUUUGUUAAUGUUUUUAUUAAAUAAAAUAAUAAAUUGAAAAGUAUAUCGA